UAUAAUGCUUCUGCUGUAAUAUCUGAACCAUCAUUUUGCUGCUGCCCUUCAAAUCUUCUAUCAUGUCCUGGAAUCAGGAACCAAAAGUUGGGGAUCUCAUAGAAAUCUUUCGUCCUGUGUAUCAACACUGGGCCAUGUAUGUAGGAAAUGGCUAUGUCAUUCACCUUGCACCACAAUCUGAGGUGGCGGGUGCUGGCUCCAGCAGUGUGAUGUCAGUGAUGAAUAAUUUGGCACUUGUAAAGAAGGAGAGACUCUCAGACGUGGUGGGAAAGGAUGCUUACAAAGUCAACAACCUCUUGGAUAAUGAGUAUAAACCCAGACAUAUCAAUCUGAUUCUCAAAGAAGCUCACAGUCUCGUAGGCCAAACGCUGCCUUACAGCAUUUUCAGCAGCAACUGUGAGCACUUUGUCACAGAUUUAAGAUAUGGGAAGCCGACGUCGCGCCAGGUACAACAGGCCAUUAUUGGAGCAGCUGGAGGUGCAGCUAUUGUUGGAGCAGCUGUUCUGGCAGGACUCGGAUUUGGAAAAGAGAAGGAUAAUGAACAUAAAUCCUACCGUCGCUGA